ACGAGCUCCGACAGGCACCGCUCUGUGCGGAAGGCGCUUUAAUUCCCCCGUCCGCCCAGCCUCGUGCCAAAGCAUCUCCGCGGCGCGCGCCUAAGAUCAGGCUCCGCUCGCGCCGAAGAAACCGCUCGCGUGGGGAGGCAUUUAUUUCACGCUCGCGUGGGAACGUCCAAAGAGGGGCGAACUUUGUGUUAUUGCUAAGGGCAUCUUCGUGGGUGGACUUUGCGAAGAGUAGUUUUUAUUUUUAUCUUUUUCAUUAUUGCAUGCUGUGUGACCGUACAUGUGCCUGGGUGAAAAAAAAACGCAACUCCUUGGGUUGAAAACCAUUUGGCAUGAGUAGGAUCCACUUCGGCCCUGCUGUGUAAUGUGCUUUACGUGUUUAUGGGCAACAGUAAGACGGACUGAUUUGCCCAGAUCGUUCCGCAAAUGCGAGGAGCCGUGGACUGUGGAUUUAUCCCGUGGACCCGUGGGCUGCCGGAGUGGGAGACCAGACCGUUGUAGUUGGACAGCAUGAUCUCUCCGGUGUUUCACAAGUGGAGGAGCGCGCGGUACUUGGGGAUUAUUUCCACGGAGAUGUUCCUCCUGCCCCUGAUCUGCUUCUUACAUUCGGCCGGAGCGGCGCCUCCCCUGACUACGGAGCAGCUGGACAUGGGGGUGGAUUGGCUGAGUAAGUUCGGCUACCUCCCGCCCCCGGACCCUGUUACUGGCCAGCUGCAGACCAAGGAGGCCUUGAGCACUGCAAUCAAGGCCAUGCAAAAGUUCGGAGGGUUGACGGAGACCGGAGUCUUAGACCAGGCCACGCUGGGCCUGAUGCAGACUCCCAGAUGUUCUCUACCAGAUGUGUCGGAGCCAGAGGAGACAACGGGCCGUCGGAGACGCAGCCUCACGCCCCCAAACAAAUGGACCAAGAGACACCUGUCCUGGAGGGUGAGGACGUUCCCCAAGGAGUCGGCGCUGCUGGGGCGGGACACGGUGCGGGCGCUCAUGUACUACGCGCUGAAGGUGUGGAGCGACAUCACGCCGCUCAACUUCCACGAGGUGGCGGGCAGCGACGCCGACAUCCAGAUCGACUUCACAAAGGCGGACCACGACGACGGAUACCCCUUCGACGGGCCGGGGGGCACCGUGGCCCACGCCUUCUUCCCCGGGGGCCGCUUCACGGCCGGGGACACGCACUUCGACGAUGACGAGGCCUGGACCUUCAGAGCUCCAGACUCCCAUGGCAUGGACCUGUUUGCGGUGGCGGUCCAUGAGUUUGGCCACGCCAUCGGGCUGGUCCACACCUCGGCCCUGGAGUCCAUCAUGAGGCCGUACUACCAGGGGCCCGUGGGAGACCCCCUGAAGUACCAGCUGCCCUACGAAGACAAGGUCCGCGUCUGGCAGCUCUACGGGGUCCGGGACUCCGUCUCACACACCAAGCGACCGGGAACCCCCUCCCACACCGAGGAACCCCCCGUCCUGCUGGACCUCCCAGACAACAGGUCCAGCAUCCUGUUGGGGCGAGACACCCCAGACAGAUGUACGAGCCACUUUGAUGCCGUGGCCCAGAUCCGAGGAGAAGCCUUCUUUUUCAAAGGGAAAUUCUUCUGGAGGCUGACCCGGGAAAGGCACCUGGUGUCCCUGCAUCCCGCCCAGAUCCAGCGCUUCUGGAGGGGCCUGCCUGCCAACCUAGACGGCCUGGACGCCGUAUACGAGAGACCCGGGGACCACAAGAUCGUCUUCUUAAAAGGUCUGAAGUACUGGGUCUUUAAAGACAACAACGUGGAGGAAGGAUACCCUCGACCAAUCAGUGACUUCGGCCUGCCCAUGGACAGCGUGGACGCCGCCUUCGUCUGGCCGCACAACGACAAGACAUAUUUCUUCCAGGGCGUCCACUACUGGCGCUACGACGACCACCUGAGGCGCAUGGACCCGGGGUACCCCAAAGACGCCUCGCUCUGGAAGGGGCUGCCCCCCAACCUGGACGACGCCAUGAGGUGGUCUGAUGGCUCCUCCUACUUCUUCAAAGGGAAAGAGUACUGGCGCGUGCUGGCCAGCGACAUGGAGGUGGAGGCGGGGUUCCCGCGGCUCAUCGCCAAGGACUGGCUGCUCUGCACCGAGAUGCAGUCGGACUCCCCCAACGCCGACGGCAAGGGCGCCGCGGACGGCGGCGGCGGCGUUCGGCAGCUCCCCGACCACGCCGAGAACGGCUACGAGGUGUGCUCCUGCACCUCCGACAUGGCCUCCCCGCCGGGGGUCCGCUCCUCCCCUUCUCUCACCCUCUGGCUCCUCCCACCCCUUUGGACACUCCUGUUGGCCCUCGGUGCCCCGCCGCUAUGAUGGAGGGGGAGGAGCUGAAGGGAGUUGAACUGAAACGAGGUGGUCUUGCGGCCGAGUCGGCGAGACGAAAGGACAGGACCAGAGCCUGAUUGGGUGGAGAGCCAGGGGACAGGUCAUUUUUGAACCAACUAGACCGUUUUUUUUUUUGACAGUUGUUCUCGGUUCCUCAAAUGUUGUUUUUCUUUUUUUAUCUGUCAUGGACAUCGUCCUGUAUUUUCUCUUAGCAGUAAAACAGGUAAAACUGUUAUUUCAGAGGGAGCACUUGUCUCUUUUCAUCAUAUCUUUUUGCAGUUAAUCGGAAACGUGAUGAGGCGUCUUACUUGUUCUAGAGCUUGUUGGCAAUAAUGCAGUGUUCAAAGGGCGUGAACAGCAGUAAUGAUCUUCAUGUCAAGUUAACGUCAACAUCUUAGCCAUUAUCUUUAUUACUUUUUUUAAGACAUUUUAUCCAAAGCAAAUUGCAUUUGCUUUGAGUACAGUGUAUAAGGGAGCAGCUUAGGGGCUGGAUGACUUGCCAAAGGAGGCUAACAGUAAGGCUACGAGAUUCAGGGAUAGACCAAAGCAAAGAUACAUUUUUGGAGAUGCUAGCUAGUUGGUAAAUAGAAGGUUAAGUAAUGCACAGGUUCAUAUACAGUAAGUAGCUAGUUAGCACGUAGCAAAGACAGAUGUAAGGCACGCUGGGAUGGUAAAAAACACACAAAAACUGUCUUCAGAUAUGCACCGAUGUAGAUAAAUUAAAGGCAAGGCAAACCAUGGCUCCAUGCUGUUUAUUUUUGGCCAUUCCCGAUAAUUCCAACAAGUGCUUUAAUAUAAUGCUUCUACAAUGUAAUGCCAGAACUAGCCAGGUGGUCAUUUUACUUGAUUAUAGCCAGUUUGCAUACUUGGACUCCCCAAGACGCGGGCUAGAAGUGCAUAGAGGGGGCUAAAAUGGUGGACAGUAGACUCCCCUUUGAGUUAGAACUGUGCUUCAAAGAGGUCUUUUGGGCUCAUGUUUUUUGGCAGCAUUGGAUAGGUUUUGGUUCUGUUGUAUUUUUUUUUUUGGUGUAAUAAAUACGGAUUGUGAUGAUAUUGUUUUUGAAAAAUCGAGUUAGCGAUUAUUUCAUGAUGUUCAGACCAACAUGCACAUUAACCACCACUGGACCCUCCUCUUCAUCACUUCCAAGAUUCCCUCCUCCCCCAUGGCUAAAGGAUGACGAAGAGGGCUGUCUGAUGUCUUAUAAACCUCCGAACUCUUCAGCUGGGUUGAUUUGAUGGCUUUGUUCCUACUGUUAAGAUAUAUUUACAUACAAUUUAAAUAUAGACAUUGAUAUAUUUGAAACGAGAAGUCAAGUGUCUGUUGGAAACAACAACUGAGAUAUAUAGAUUUUGAGAUGUUUUCUAAUGUCAAAUAUUUUUGUAAAAAAAAUAAAAAUAAAGUACUAACUUAAAUUCA